AUGUUUUUAAUUACCAAGCACUUAAAGACUUCUGAUCAACGCUUGGAUCAUGUUAAUAAGAAACCAAUGUCACCGUUUGCUAAGUUCCGUGAACUUGAUCGUCAAAAUAGUUCCAGUACUCCAAGUACACCAAGGACACCAGGAACGCCCAAAGAAUUUACAUUUAAGUUUACUGACCCGGUCGUUCAGAAUAAUGCGGUCCAGAUCAAGGAGCGAUUGCUAUCUUGGUGCCGGGCGAAGACUAAAGAAUAUGAGGUAGAAAUAGCAGGAAUAGUACCUCUUUUGGACGUUGAAGACAUGGUUGUAAUGCGCAAACCCGAUUGGAAAUGUGUUUUUACUUAUGUCCAAUCAAUUUACCGUCGCUUUAAAGACGAAGAUUAA